GCCCGGCCCGCGGUUCCCAGUCCCUGCACGGCUCGCGCGACCCGCCAUUCCUCCGCGGGCUGUGCUGCCCGGCCAGCCGCGUGCGAGCUUUGGUUUGGGCCGGUCUCCGAGCUGUCCGCCCCCACCGGUCGGGCCAUGCCGAGUCGCCGCGUCGUCAGACCGCCCCCUGCGCCCGAGCUGGGGGCCUUGGGGUCCAGUGGUGACCCCUCCUCGCUCUCCCUGGGCAUUUCCAGGACCACAGAUGAAUUGGAGAUCAUCGACGAGUACAUCAAGGAGAACGGCUUCGGCCUGGACGGGGCGCAGCUGGUGCCCCGCGGGGCGGCGGCGCUGAGCACCGUGACCCUGGGCCCCGCCCCGCCGCCCAGCCCGGCCACGCCGCCGCCUUGGGGCUGCGCCCUCAGCCGCCUGGGCCCGCCCGGGCCCGGCCCGCGGCCGCACCUGGUCAUCACCGAGCAGCCGAAGCAGCGCGGGAUGCGCUUCCGCUACGAGUGCGAGGGCCGCUCGGCCGGCAGCAUCCUGGGCGAGAGCAGCACCGAGGCCAGCAAGACGCUGCCCGCCAUCGAGCUCCGGGACUAUGGCGGGCUGCGGGAAGUGGAGGUGACCGCAUGCCUGGUAUGGAAAGACUGGCCGCACCGGGUUCACCCACACAGCCUUGUGGGGAAAGACUGUACUGACGGUGUGUGUAGGGUGCGGCUAAGGCCUCACGUCAGUCCUCGACACAGCUUUAACAACCUGGGCAUCCAGUGUGUCAGGAAGAAGGAGAUCGAAGCUGCCAUUGAGCGCAAGAUUCAGCUGGGCAUCGACCCCUACAAUGCGGGCUCCCUGAAGAACCAUCAGGAAGUGGACAUGAAUGUGGUGAGGAUCUGUUUUCAGGCGUCAUACCGGGACCAGCAAGGACAGAUGCGCCGCCUGGACCCUGUGCUCUCUGAACCUGUCUAUGACAAGAAGUCCACAAACACGUCAGAGCUGCGGAUUUGUAGGAUUAACAAGGAGAGUGGGCCCUGCACGGGUGGGGAGGAGCUCUACCUGCUGUGCGACAAAGUGCAGAAAGAGGACAUUUCUGUGGUGUUCAGCACGGUCUCCUGGGAGGGCCGGGCCGACUUCUCCCAAGCCGAUGUGCACCGGCAGAUUGCCAUUGUGUUCAAGACCCCUCCCUACGAGGACCUGGAGAUCUCAGAGCCCGUCACAGUCAAUGUCUUCCUGCAGCGGCUCACAGAUGGUGUCUGCAGCGAGCCUCUGCCCUUCACCUACCUGCCUCGGGACCACGACAGUUAUGGCGUGGACAAAAAGCGGAAACGGGGAAUGCCAGACGUCCUUGGGGAGCUGAGCAGUUCUGACCCCCAUGGCAUUGAGAGUAAACGGAGGAAGAAGAAGCCAGCCUUCCUGGACCACUUCCUGCCUGGCCAUAGCUCAGGCCUGUUCCUCCCUCCCUCCAUCCUGCAGUCUGACAACGACUUCUUCCCCAGCUCCGUGUCCUUGCCAGGCCUGGAGCCCCCCGGGGGUCCUGACCUCAUGGAAGACUUCACCUACGACCCCACAGCCCCCACCCUCUUCACCAUGCUGGACCUGCUGCCCCCAGCGCCGCCCCUGGCCAGCGCCGUGUCCAGCAGCGCGGGUGCCGGGCCCUCGGUGGCCGAGUCCCCGGAUCCCGAGCCCCUGACCCUGGACUCGUACCCGGCCCCGGGCCUCGGGGACGGAGGCACCGCCAGCCUUGUGGGCAGCAAUAUGUUUCCCAACCAGUACCGCGAGGCAGCCUUCGGGGGUGGCCUCCUGUCCCCGGGGCCCGAGGCCACGUAGCCCUGGCGGUGCCGGGAGGGUUGAGGGGGGUCAGACCUGGGCCCCCCCUCGGGUCAGUCUUCCGGUCUCCUCAUCCCUGUGCGUCGGACGGACACCUGCAGCGCUGGCGACAGCCUCGGGAACACGGGCUCCCCUCGGGCCUCCGUUUUAUAUGAGAAAUCGGGUUGGAGGAGAAGCUAAGGGGAGGGGGGCAUGGCUCCCCCAGCGACCCCCACACACGUGGCCACCUUCGGGAGGGGCCCCCGGAUUGUGAUUGUUCCUAGGGGAGGAGAGGGAAACUCCUUGGCACCCUUGCGGGUGAGAGGAGGUUGUUUGUGCAGAGCCUUCUCAAUAAAGAGGAGUUUUUGAACCUUG